AUGGCCGACGACGAGUUCGAUAUCGAUAUCUACGGAGAUGCCAACACCGAGCAGGAUACACCUUUCAAAAAAGAUGAUGAAGGUGAUGUUAAGAUUGAGGGAGUCGAGGCAGCCAAUGGCCAAACCGGGGCAGCUAACGGCGUAAAACACGAAACUCCAGAGCAAGACGACGAUUACGUCGAUAUCAAGGUGGGGAACGACAAACCAGAUCACAAAAUGAACGACCAACAGAAGAUCAAGAGUACUGACGAAUCUGGAGCCGAUCUACUAAACAUCCCCAAGCAAGCACCACAGCAACAGGGAGUGAAGCGCAAAGAAGGAUCUGACGACCGUCCUAUAGAUCCUGGAGCGACAACAGCCUUGUUAAUUUCAGAUCUACACUGGUGGAAUACUGACGAUGAUAUUCGCGGCUGGGUCAAUCAAGCACAGGUUGAAGAUGAGCUCAAAGACAUUACCUUUUCCGAACACAAGGUCAAUGGCAAGAGCAAAGGUCAAGCAUAUGUAGAAUUCUCUUCUCAACAAGCUGCGACAGCUGCAAAGCAUAAGAUCGACGCGUUUGGAGAGGGUCAGCAAUAUGUUAAGAAACAUACCGUCACGUAUUCUAACCCGAAUGUCAAUCCUUUCCGAACCAUGCCGAAAGAUGCUCCAAUGCGUGCUGGAAAAGAAGGCCAAACAACCCGAACAGGGUCAGAUAACUACAAUAACACCCGGGGUAAUUCAGGUGGAAACUACCGUGGAAAUAGUUUCAGAGGAAAUCGAGCCGGUUUCACCCCAGGAGGAGGAAUGCAAAUGAACAAUGGCAACUUCAAUCAAAAUCGCAACUUCUCAAAUCCUGCUAUGGGUAACAACAUGGGUGGUGGAUUUAACGCUGGCAUGGGCGGUGGAUUUCAAAACAACAAUAUGGGUCAAUUUGGUGGCUUCAAUCGCGGUGGUGGCAUGAUGGGCGGGAUGCGUGGAGGUCCUAACAUGCGAGGACGAGGAGGCAUGAAUAAUGCGAUGAUGGGUGCUAUGCCAAUGGGUGGGAUGCCUAUGGCAGGUAUGCCAGGUGCUAUGGGUGGGAUGCCUAUGAAUAUGGGCCAGAUGGGAGGAGGGAUGCCAGGCGGUGGCUUUGGUGGUAUGCAACCACAUUUCAAUCCAGCCUUCUUCCAACAAAACCAAGCAGCUGGCGGCGACUGGCAGAAUCCACACGGAGCAAAACGACCACGGCCAGAAUAG